UUCUCCAAAAGCAAACGCAGCAGCAGCUCCCCGAGUGUUCGGAGUGUGGCGCUCCGCCGGAGAAGGAGACCUGCGUUUUAGUUUCAAUCGGUCCGGCGUGGAGUGCGUUUACGCCGCGCCGUUUCCCCCCACAACAACAUCGCGCGCCGAAAAUGUAGUGAUACGAAAUCCCAAAACUAAACAAAAAUUAUCCAAGAAUUUUUUCUUAACUUAAAAGUAACUUACAAAUAAAAUUACCUAAUUAUAAGUAAAAUAAAAAGAAAGUUUUGGUGUCUAAUAAUAAAUCUAUCUAGUCAUGUUUUUUUAAAUGUUUUUAAAUUUCUGGUGAUAACAAAUAAUUUUGUGAGUUUGUGACAAUUAUGGUUGAUAACAGUUCGAUUAUUGAAGGGAGCGUUAAGUUUCGCGAUGGAAAAAAGUGGAAAUCCCGAUGGUGUGUGAUGCGAAAAUUAUCACCGGUGGCAGAUUGUCUUCACCUUCAGUUAUACCGCGACUCAAAGGACCGUUACAAACAAGGUCAAACGAAAGCCUCGUUAUCGUUGGAACAUUUCCUUGGUCUCGAAACGGGAUUCACCCUCGACAAGGAAUCGAACACCGUUGCUAUUCUCUGUCAAGACGUCGUCGUCGUCUUAGCAUUUGACACCCGAGAACGUCUCAUGCAAUGGCAAGUGAAAUUAUCGUCCCAUUUGAACGAUGGUCCCCAUUUCCUGGUUUUGUUAUCGUCGUCUCCGGUGAAAGCUCGUCUUCCAGCUGGACCGGCUAAAAUGCACGUCCAAGAAGGAGGUUUUUGUUUAAGCACCGGAGUUCCACCCCGAGUUGUGGGACAUUGGUUAAUUCCUCAUUUACGACGUUAUGGCGUUAUCGAGGGGAGGUUUUGCUUCGAAGGCGGAUCGAGGUGUGGACGUGGUGAAGGUCUUCAUGUACUUUUAACGGAUCAAGGAGAUGAAAUUACGCAAACGUUGAAAUUGGCGGCUAUAGGACAAUUACAUACGACGAGAAAACGACCGGUUUCGAGAAAUAUGUCAGGAUCUGCGUACGAUGUUAACGUCCCAUCGAAUUUCCACCUGUGCUCCUGUAACGAGCCGAGUUUUAUCGGCGUUUGGGACUUUUUGGACGAGAGAAAAGAAAAAGGAGUUUUGGAUAGUCCAAGACGCCCGGCUCUUCGCGCGGAAGUUCGCCAUCCAGAAAUAACGGAUCCAUCACUUUUAACGCGGGUUGAUUCCCCGUACACUGAUUUAGAUAGUAGUUAUGGGUGCGGUGAUGUUUCCUCGUCCGAUUGGGGUGGAGGUCCACCGAUUGAGAGAUGUUUGAGUUGCAUUAGUAAAUUAGGCGCGAUGAGUAGAAGCAGCACCGCAACAACUGCGCAAUGCUGGGAACACACGUGCGAUAGACAUUCCAUCAGUUCCGGUUCGGAUAGUUCCGGUUGGAGCCAAACGGUCACAAAACCCCCGGCUCCUCCACCAAAAUUACAACAUUACAAUAAUUACGAUAUUCCAAAAAUCCCAUAUCCAGUUGGAAUCAACAACAAAAUUGAGGAAUUGUAUGAUACCCCGAAAAAAAUUAAAGAAUGUUUGAGCGAAACCACCAUAAGAAAACCAUGCGGUUGCGUAUUAAGAGUACGCCCUCCGGAACCAGAAAAAAUGUGUAUGUGCCAAAGAUUAUUAUCAUGUUGGAACGGAGCCGAAGAUCCCUCAGCUUUGUACGCAACCGUCGAUGUAGGGAAAAAAUGUAAAAACAAGAACCGUUUUGAAUCCCAUAAUUACGCAAAUUUAGACGGAAAUUAUGGUAACUACGAAAACAUGGAGUUUGCUCAAUCAUUACAAUUAUACGAAAACGCCAAAGAAGUGGUUAAAAAAGCCGGAUUGUGUUCGAAAUGUGGCCACAAAGACGAUUACCUCAUGAUGGAACCACCUCAAACCCAAUCAACCCCCGGUGGUUACAUACCAAUGUCCCCCGCUGUUAAACAACGCCUCGGAAAAGUUUUAUCUUCCAGCAACCCAAAUCUAACAAAACCUUCAGGCUCAGCAAUGCUUCAAACUCAAAUUUAUCAAAGAAAACAAAUCCUAGAUUGCACCGAUAACUUAGAAUCGAGAAGGAAACGUUCUAACUCGGCGGAUUCAACGUGCAGUUGCUCCCAAGCAGUGCGCAGAUCAUCUUCAGUUCCAUGCAAAGCCAAUCGAGAUUCAUCAAGUUCGAACGAUUCCGGCGUUUUUGAAUUACCAACAAGAAAAGCAGCCGUUAUACAAACGUUACCAAGACGAUCAAAAUCUUCAGAUCCGCUUGGAGAUUUAAGUUUUCGAUUUCAAAAGGAAGAAGGGAAAAGCGCCAGCGCUGAAGCUGAGGUUCCCGUUUGUCCUUCCGGUUCAACUAGUAGCGGUACUUCCGAUAUGUCGGAUUAUAUCGAAACUUUAUCGAUGUCUUCGCAUAGUUCGAGCGAUGCGCCUCCUCCAUCUUGCACUCUAAGGCCGCGAUCUGGAAAUGAAUACUUAAGUCUACAAAGACUUAUUGUUCCUGUUCCUGAAGAGAGACAUAAUUAAAAACGAAACAACAAAAAAAAGAAAGUUUUUAAAGGUAUUCGGGAAUUUCAAUUAAUUUUUUUUUAAUUUUAUGUUAUCGUGCAAUAAGGGUAAUUUCAAAUCUAAUAAUUUUCUAAGAAUACCUUUUUUUAAACUUUUAAUCCUUUACGGUUAUGGAAGAUUGGAAAAUAAAUAAAUAAAUAAAAAAUAGCAGAAAGGAAGACUUUUUUAUAUAGCUCUCCAUUUUUAGUGGCGGUUAAUUUAAAAAAAGCCGUCUCGUAUGAAGUAGAAGUAUGGAUAACCUGUGUAAAUGCAACGAUGACUUUCUAAUUAAAUUAUUAUCGAUAAUAUUUUA